AUGCCAGGGGGAUGGAACGCCUCUUCUGAGAGCCUGGAGCUACGAGCAGCAGGGAUUGUUGUGCCAGUCAUCUUCUCCCUCAUCUUCCUCCUGGGGACUGUGGGGAACGGGCUGGUGCUGGCUGUACUGCUGCAGAAUGGCCAAGUCAAGUACAACACCACCAACCUCUUCAUCCUGAACCUGGCCGUGGCCGACCUGUGCUUCAUUGUCUGCUGUGUCCCCUUCCAGGCCACCAUUUACACCCUGGAUGGGUGGCUUUUUGGGGCUUUUGCCUGCAAGGCUGUGCAUUUCCUGAUCUACCUCACCAUGUAUGCCAGCAGCUUCACCCUGGCCGCCGUCUCUGUUGACAGGUACCUGGCCAUCCGCUACCCCCUGAAGUCCCGGGAUCUCCGCACCUCCCGAAACGCAGCCCUGGCCAUCGUGGCCAUCUGGUCCCUGUCCCUGCUCUUUGCAGGACCUUACCUCAGUUACUACCACAUUGUCCACUACCACGCCGUGCCCAUCUGUGUCCCCAUCUGGGAGGAUCAGCGCCGAAAGAUCCUGGACAUCCUCACCUUUGUCUUUGGCUACCUCCUGCCCGUGACCGUGGUGAGCCUGGCCUACGCCAGGACCAUCAAGUUCCUGUGGACCUCCGUAGACCCCAUAGAAAGGAUCUCAGAGUCCCGGAAAGCCAAGCGUAAGGUCACCAAGAUGAUUGUGGCUGUGGCCAUCUUGUUCUGCCUCUGUUGGCUGCCCCACCACCUGGUCAUCCUGUGCUUCUGGUUUGGCCACUUCCCCUUCAACCGAGCCACUUACGCUUGCCGCCUGGCUUCCCACUGCCUCUCCUAUGCCAACUCCUGCCUCAACCCCAUCGUCUAUGCCCUCAUCUCCAAGCACUUCCGCAAGCGUUUCAAGCAGGUCUUCACCUGCCUUUUCUUCCAGAACAAGACCAGGAAGAAGAAGAGGAGAGUCGGAAAGAAAGUCCACGUGGUCAAUGUGGGCAAAGGUUUCACUCACGGCACCAGAGGUUUCUGUGGAGGCAACACUGAGGUGACACAGGUCCCAGAGGAGAACACCAGGAAGAAGGACCUUGAAGGGCAUGGCAGAGCAUGGAGUCGCCAGCUAGAAGGUGCUGUGGUCUCUGUUCAGAAGGAGCUACUGGAAGAGGAGAGUGUGGCAACAGCUGGCCAUCCCCUAGCCAUGACCCCUCCAGGAGCAACUCAGGAGUCUCUGGCUGGUCACCACAGAUGA